CGCUUUGUCUCUUACCCCAGGGCGCCGACGACGUCUCCGCAUGGCGGGCGCCGACGCCUCGUCGGGGCCCUCGUCGGGGGGCAGGGCGGGCGGCACGGCGUGCGGCGGCAGCGGCCGCAAGGAGCUCUUCUACACGGACGAGCUCCCCGAGCGCGAGAAGAUCGUGGCGGUCACGUCCAACCUGUGGGGCACCCGGUUCAAGGUGGUGGGCCUGGCGUGCUGGCUGCCCCCGAUCCUGGGGAUGGUGACGUACAGGACGAGCCUGCUCCACCUCCAGCCCCGCCAGAUGACGCUCGUCAUCAAGGAGCUGCAGGGGCCCCAGCCGGGGAGGAGCGCCGCCCUCGUUCUGCACAACGGAGGCAGCAGCAGCCAGGGCUUCUCAGAGGACGACGACGACGACGUGUGUGACCCCGUGACCAGCGAAGAGAGCGCGCCCAUCGCCCCGAUGACGCCCAAGAAGCGGUGCGGACUCCGCUGUCGGGACCCCGCGGCCCUGCUGGACACCGAGACCGGCCAGGCCGACGCCGGGCCCUCCGAGGAGUACCUCACCCUGGAGACGACCGCCGAAGCCGGAGUGCAGGUGCUAUCGCUGCGGCAGGCGGGCCAGGCCGCACCUCAAGGCACCAUCAUGUCUGUGGCCACGCAAACGGCCGCCGGGCACGCCCGCGACCAGGCCCCCGAGGUUAGCAAGGAACUGCCGGGGCCCUCGGCGGUCACCUUGGCCAAAGACGACGAGGAAGACCCGGCCACGUCGCCGUCCAAGCGACUCCGUGCUGACCCCAGGGCAGGGAUGCGGAGGAUGGCCCGCAGCCGGCUGUCUCCCGAAAUGUCUCCCGACGGCGAGCCGCCUCUGUAGGGGGAAGCCGCCGCCCCUCACAGAAGCACCGCCGCCGCCUCGGCCGGCCCCGCGUCGGCAGUCUCCGAGCCUCGCGUUCGGCACCUCCU